CAAGAUGGUUCCCGUGUAAUUCGCUGUCAGACUAUUUGGGUUCUUCACUCUGAACUUUAUCGAUCAUCAUUUCAUUUUGUACAUAAUGCCUGGACUAGUUUUGUUUGGUAGAAGAUGGGCGAUUGCAAGUGAUGACUUUGUUUUCCCUAGCUUUGGAGAAACAAUUUUAAGACUGUCGUGGCUAAUUGUUCUGAUUGUCUUCUUUGCUGCUCAUCAAAAUGGGUUUAAUUGUGACAACGCUCAGAACCUUAAGUCUUUCUACAUAGGUACAAUAGUUCUAAACAGCAUAGGUUUGAUCAACAUAGUGGUGAUACUUAGGAUCAGCAUGAAGGGUACAAUUAAAGACACAUGGCCUAGAAGGUUCAUCUGCUGGCCACUUUACGCCAAAAUUUUCUUGCUCCUCCCAGAAGCCGUUUGGGUUUGUUUGUCAACAUACUGGGCCUUUGGCUUUUCUUACACUUGUUUGUGGUCAGUUGUGUGGACAGUGAGGGGCACAGUUAUCUGCUCUUGGGUUGUUGGCUGUUUGACUUUCUUUGGAAUACUGGCAUCCUUUGAUCCAUUAGGAUCCCUAGCCAUCAGCCGAAGAGACUCUGUUAGCAGCGAAAAUCAAGGUGCAGAUGAAAGUUUGACCAUGGGAUCAAUUAUUGCAGCUAAUGAGGUUUGGGAAAACAGGUGUCGCGUGUUAUGCUGUUGUAUUGCCUGUAACCCUGACACACAAAAUGCCUUCACAGAUGUCGGGAAACUCGUGGCAGAAUUUUUUCAUGAGCUGGACCUGGUACCAACAGACCUUGCAGCAGGGAUUAUGUUGGUUUAUGAAAAACAGGCAAACAUGGACUCCCAACUGUAUUCUGUGUCAACCAGUCCCAACCCUCCAUUAGGGGAUUAUUCUCAGUGUCAGCCCAAAAGCUGGAUGACGAUAUUUAAUAUGUCCCAUUACAUGAAGUUUGCUAUGGGAAGUUACGGCUGGCCUUUCUACCUGUACCAGAACAUAUUAACAGGUGCUUGUCGCCUCUGCUCCAGCUACAGAGCUUUUUCUUCUGAUUUGAAUGAGAUCAUUCAGUUAUACCGGUCUGCCCUACGGUCCCUCACGAAGGGAUGCUGCUCAUGCAUGCGUAAAGCUAAUGGAAUAUUCAAAGACAACAUUUGCCAGUGCAAUACUGCAGCUAUAAAAAAACUUACACAUCUACAUGAAAAUGAUUUGAUCUAUGUCACUUUUCAUAAUCAGUUUAAACAAGUGCCAUUUUAUGUCGCCCUGGACAGACCGAAGAACACAGUUGUCAUUAGCAUUAGGGGAACACUUUCUUUAAAGGAUGCCUUAGCUGACCUGUCUGCAAGGGGAGCUACUCUAGACAUUCCUGGUGUAGAGAACAGCUAUUGUCAUGCAGCCAUGCUGGACUGCGCAAACUACAUCAAAUCAAAGCUAGAAUCUCUCAACAUUCUUGAAGCAGCAUUCGGACAACUCAGGGAAGGGGCAGCGCUGGUUCUAGUAGGUCACAGCCUGGGCGCUGGUGUAGCCGCCAUCUUGUCAGUUCUGCUGAGACCACAGUACCCAGAUCUCAUCUGUUUUUCCUUCUCACCACCAGGGGGUCUCAUGAGUGCCAGUGCCAGCAAAUACACCAGAGAGUUUGUCUGUUCUGUUGUUGUGGACAAGGACAUUGUCCCCAGGCUGGGGAUGUACACACUGACUGACCUUAAGGUCAAGAUACUACAAGCUCUCUGUGAGACCAACAAACCUAAGUAUAGAAUUCUGGCCACUGGUUGUCUGCGGUUGCUGUGCUGUCUGACACCAUCUGGUGACAGCAGGGCUGAGGAGAGAAACAACGUUCUGAGCAGGGCAGGCGCCAGGUACACAGAAGAGAGGAGCCUUUUACAGGGACAAACCUUGCAGGAUGCGUUGCGUGUGGCUGAACACCAGCUACAGGAGAUGGGGAAGACUGAAUGGCCACUUCAUCCAGCUGGUCAGAUCUUACACAUCAGAGAAACUAGUAGAAAACAUGAGUAUGAUGCAGUCUGGUCCCGGCCGGAGUGUUUUGAUAAAAUCAUCAUCAGCAAGAAAAUGGUGACUGACCAUAUGCCCAACACUGUGUCUAGGGUGUUGGACGAACUAGCUGACAGGCAGUACGUGCCCCUGACACAGCUCACGUCUGCUCACCUGCAGGCAAGCCAGGAACACCUGCUCACCUGAUGACACACCUGGCGACACACCUAUUGAGUUGAUGACACAUAUACUCACAUACCAGCUGCAGAAAGAUUUCCUAUGUAUUUUUAUUAUGAUUUAAAAUGUUCUCUUAAGAAAGAUGUUAUGAUUACAUUUAAUGUACUUCUAAGAACAUAUUCCAACUAUGCAAACUUUGUUUCCAGAACUCAAUGAAGUUCAUGCAAUAUAAUAAUUGUUUCAGUCCACACGAAUUCAUAUCAAAUGCACUGUUGAGAACGUAAACUGAUUUGUUUUAUUAAUGCAGUUAGUCCCUUCUGAACUCUUCAAAACAGAAAAAAAUCAAAGAAUAUUUUUAUUUCAUUACUUCAAUAGAUUAUCAGGUUUGGAAGGGGAACUUUACUUUACUACUUUACAUUAUUUCAAUGUAUUUACUGGUAUGUAUUUCAUUUAGAGCUCAUUAAAUAUUAAUAAUUUGUUAUCUAUGUUCAAAAACAUAAUUUGGCUAAGUAUUGUUUCUUUUUAAAAAUAAUGUAUAUGUUAAAAUGACAUGGCUUGUCCAUUUUAUAUUGUUAUGAACAAAAUGUAUUUCUUCUGAAUCUACUUAGAUUAUUUUUUUUCAUGUUGUCUUAUCCUUAAAUAACUUAACCAAUCAUUUUGUUUCAAUGUAAAAAUCUUUCAAUCUUUUUUUCAAUGGGUCUUUUUAUUGGGUUUUUAUUUGAUAUUUUUUACUGUGAUUUAUCUGGGUCUGCUUUUUAAAAAAAAAUUUGCCUCAAUUUUUAAAAGAAAGCUCACAUGCUAUUCAAAUAAUUGACAUAAUGAAUAACAUGUAUUCAUAAAUGUUGCAGUCUGACCCAUAUGUAAAGAAAUAUUUUUAAUCGACUUCUUAAUUAUAAUCACAGAAGCAUUAACAUUGUGAUAGGUAAUUUGUUGCAGUUUCUAGCAGUAAGGAACUGUUAUUUUAAGUCAAUACGCAAAGCAAUUUUUUUAGUCAUCAAAUGACAAUAAAUGGGUUAAACUUGAAGGGGUGAUAAAAUGUUUUUUUUUAAAUUGUCUGCAUUGUUCUUAAAACAAAUGUGAUCAUAUAGCCUACUUGGUUCUGUUUAUUUAGUAGUUUCAUACAAAUUGAAUGUGUUCUAGGUAACCAAAUAUUUGAAAAUAGUGAAAACUUUUUUUUGUAGCCACUUGGUAAAAAAAAGUAACCUUUCAAAGAGUUCUAUUUGUGUGACCUCGGCAAAUGAUGGUACAGUGUGUUCAGUUCUAUACCCAAAAAUAACAGACUUGUAGUCUCAAAUAAAAAAGAAAUUCAUUUUUUAUUAAAUAAAAAAUUUACUUAUUAUGUUUUUUGCUUUAAUGUAAAUUUAUUUUUUAAAAGUGCAAGGCCUCUCAGAUG